AUGGAUAUCAAAAACUUACUUUGUCCUUCUCAACAUACUGCCAACACAAUGUUACCUAUCGACAACGACGACGACUAUAGUAUCUAUCCUGGCGUAGUUCAGCAACAACCUAACUGGUCCUCGACACUCUCAUUACCCGAAUCGGAAGACAAUGGUAGUAGUCCUGCCAUGUCAUUUGUCAAAUCGUCGCCUUCCUCAUUCAAGACGGCAACAUUGAGUUCUCCACCACCCGGCUCACCUAUUAUCCCUCCUUUGCCAACUUACCCAACGAUUCGACGUCAACACAAGGGUGCUCAGAGUCGAGUGCCAUGGACACGGGAAGAGGAUGAAUUACUACAACGUGGAUACAAUCAAGGUUUAUCAUGGGCAAUGAUCUCGUCAACCUAUUUGCCUCAUCGUUCACGUGGUUGCUGCUGGGGCCGUUUCAAGACGCUUCAAACCAAAACAAUCGAGCAUCGUGAAUGGGACGAUAAUGAAGACGCACUUUUGGAUAUGGCACUCAGGAAGCAUGCCGAUCUUUUCAAACAUGCAUGGAGACUCGUAUCACAUGAAUUAGGCACCAAGCGUUCCUGGCGUGAAUGCGAAUCACGAUCCAUCAAAUUAUCAUCAGGUCACAUGAUCCGUAAACGACAUCUUUAUUAA